AUGACGAGUCGGAUACCAAAACCCAGUCGGAAGAUGCUAGAGAGCCAUAUCGCGAAAAGGGAAGAGGCAGAGGCAAGACGUGCAAACGAAGACUGGGCGCGGGACUCAAUUCGACCGAGCGUGAACUUUGUAGACCUGGAAGGGGACACCUUCGACGAAGACUUGUUUACAACCCUGAUGGCACUGGCUAGCGCAACGAAAGGUAGACUCCCAAGGUCAGGGGCAGAAGCGUUGAAGGAACCGGAGAUCUGGGGGGAACCUAUGAAGGAAGAGAUGAAUCAGAUGAAACAAAAGGGCGUAUGGAGACUCGUUGACUUACCAGAGGGGGAAAGAGCAUUGGACGGGAUGUGGGUCUUUGAUGUGAAAGUGGAUGGAGAAGGAAACAUCGUAAAGAGAAAAGCCAGGUAG